GGGUUUUCUCUUUUAUAACCUGCGACAACAUCUUUCUACGCAGUUCUUUCGAGCUUGUGUGAUAAUGAGCGACGAGACGAACGUGGCCGAAGUUCAGCUGGAGAACGCCAACCCUCAGAUUUUCCAGAGGUCCGGCGAAAGACUACUGACAGAGUCCGAGGAAGAUGAAGACGUUCAUGACAUUAUUGAUGACAGGGAAAUAUUUGAUCUGAUCAGAUCUAUCAAUGAUCCAGAGCACCCUCUAACUCUUGAGGAGCUUAAUGUGGUGGAGCAACUUCGAGUCCAAGUAAAUGAUGGAGAAAACACUGUGUCUGUGGAUUUCACGCCCACCAUCCCCCACUGUAGCAUGGCUACGCUUAUUGGCCUGUCAAUCAAAGUCAAGCUGCUGCGCUCCCUGCCUGAUAGGUUUAAAAUUGAUGUGAGCAUCACUCCAGGCACACACGCUUCAGAGGAUGCAGUGAACAAGCAGCUUGGUGAUAAAGAGAGGGUGGCUGCAGCUCUGGAGAACUCCCAUCUGCUGGAGGUCGUCAACCAAUGCCUUUCAGCAAGGAGUAUCUGAACAGCCAGUCAACUUGCAGCUGUGUUCACUCAACCAACGUUCAUCUACCAGCACCUUAUUACCAGCCAUCCAGCAAGCACCUCUCCUGCCUCCACCAAUCACUGUUCACCAGAGCGUUCUGAGCAGCCAGUCACCUUUCUCCCCUUCACUUUGAACUGAUAUACGCCCACGGUGUGAAUAGCGCCUGAGUUCUAUAUCUCUCAGCCAAUCAACAUUCCACCUGCAAGCUGUGAAGAUGCCACUGGCUGAAAUCUGAGCAAGACAACUAAGGAUCCAAAUUCAAAUGGCCAAAUAUUACCCAAAGCAAUGUGUAGGCAUCCCCAAUGGGUCAUAUAGUGUGUCACUUGGGCACUAAUGAAAGAGUAAUAUAAAUUGAUUAUUAUUCCACUGACCAAUUGGGAAUAAAGGUGAAAUUAUCAACAGUCCUGUGAGUUCAGGGAUCCCCGUGUUGAAUAAAGAUCAGAAUCUCACAGCGGAAUAGAUUGUGCAAAAGUUCUUAGUGAAUGUUUUUAAGGAGAUCCAGAAAAAGAAAACUGGAAAAGGCGUUCAAUAUGUUUAGAUUGAUGCACACUUCCAUGCCUCACGUUUCUAUUAUAAAGCUUUUUAUGUAAUACUAUAUAUUAUUAAAAUACUUAUGUGAACUUA